AUGGGACCACCGUCGGUCAGCAAAGCGAAUGUUAAAUUCCCGGUCUUUGUUGCAACAUUCGCACACAACAAUCCCUCGAUUCUUGUCGUAGGCGGAGGCGGUGGAGCAGGGAGAAGCGGCGUUCCCAACGCUAUCUGUGCGUUUGACACUUCCUCACGUGCGCCAACCCUCGAACCAUUCGCAAGAGCGGACCUAUCACGAGAUGAGGACUCGGUCACUAGCCUCGCAUCGGUGUCCACGAAGGAAGGUUGCAUUGUCUAUGCCGGUAUCAACUCGUCGGAAGAGGAGCGAUUGAAGGGGCAAAACUCGCAUUUCCGCGCCUACGAACUGGUAUAUCCGCGGAGGAAGCCAGGCAAGGUGGAUGAGGAGCAAGAAGGAAAGAUUGAGUACCUCAGUAAAGCACGGCUCUUGACCCCUUCCUCCGAAAAUGCGAGAAGAGAAGGCUAUCAAAGAUUGGUUAGGCUAUCACCACCCGCGAGCAAGUCCGGGGGAAAGAGGAUAGGAGUUGUCGCCUCAUCACUGCAAGGGGAAGAAAACGAACUUCUCAUCUUUGCCGCCGUGUCCACGAAGCCUGCGACAUCCGAUAUAAUACAGCGAGUGAGUCUGAGGGAUAGGGAGGCUAAUGAUGUGGACAUCACCGUUGCAGAAGAUGGUCAAUUCCAAAUUGCAUACUGCUUGGACUCCGCGGUUUACGUACAACGGUUCGCGUACGACUUUGAUAAGAAGAAUGCGGAGAAGAAGCUGGAGCCGCCGGCAAAGCGCUAUGAAGCUCCCCUUCCAGAUGUUCUGGGAAAGAAGGCCAGGCCGAAGCUACGAGCUUUACGCUGGCUCUCACCAUCGCAUCUCCUUUUGCUCGUCAACCAGCCCAACCGGACGGGCGUGGAGCUUCGUGUUCUGAGACUAUACUCGGAAGACGGCAUGGGGUCAAUCAUUAUGCGAAAAAGCUUGGGUAAAGGGGCAAAGCAGGCCGUUGAUAUGGAUGUUGUGAAACUGGAUUCCAAUAAGAACGGAGCUUUUCAGUCCGUCAUAGCAGUCGCUACGCAAGACGUCUCGCUUCAUAUUUAUACUAUUGACUAUGACGGUAGCUCUCUGCACGGCCUGGCGCGGUAUGCUGUCUAUCAUGACGUUCACGACGUGCAGAUGACCAAAGUCGUCUGGUCGCCGUUUAGUCCUGCUGAGGCUGCACAGACGAAGAAUGGCAAGCCGAGACUCAUCCGCCUGGCAUCCACGUCGCUUUCAGGGUCAAUAUCCGUGGACACUUUCGAGCUUAGGCAUUCCAAUGAACGCAAUGUUCUUCUCUCAUCCAUGAACCGCAGACUCUACAACACUGCCAUAUAUGCCGCAUGUGCUUUUAUAGCGCUAAUGCUGGCCCUCAUGGUGCAGUCGCUUUUCGAUCCGGAGGGCAACUUGACAAAAGGAAUCAUUCCUGCAUCACUGCAGAACGCGGCUAGCGGCGCCAAAGCCCCGGGUGUCCUGAUGGAAGACGCUCGUCGAGCACAAACCCACCUGGAUCACGCGACGGCCCCUGUGGCUAAGACGUCACAGCGCAUACGCGACAUGCUCAGUCGGGAUCAGAAGGACAAGGAGGAACAGGCGCAGAAGAGAGCUCUGAUCAUCCACCAUGACCCAGAGGCGGACUCGUCGCUGAGCACUGAAGUUCACGAGGGUGAGGAAGAAGAUAUAGUGAAGAAACAUACCAAAGCCAAACGCUGGCAGGAGCUCUCCCAGGCGGAACGCCAAAGAUGGAAGGAGAAGCUGGUAAAGGCUGGUAUGUGGGCGGUGGAGGAGGGGGAAACCAUCUUGAAGGGCAUCUUCUUCUCCGAGGCCGCGGGCUUUGUCGGAAAUGUUGCUCAGGGGGUGAUCAAUGGGUGAGGGCGGUCACUCGAUUGGGUUCCCGGUCAGAGUCGCCCUCGUCAGUAAGUGGAAUGGUGCUCCACGGCCGUGCCCUGCAGUGUUUCUAAUGGGAAUUGGCUAUUCGCGAGUGGUCGCAAACUCCCUUAUAAUUAUGAUAUGCGUAUGAGCGGAGUCUUGUAAAUGUAAAUGUCGUCGUUGAGACCUCGCCUUCCUUGACCGCGCUCUGGUUCAAAUGCAGUCACCGAAGGCGUAUCCGCAUCC